AUGGCAACAAUGACAAGAGAAAAUUGGGCCCACAAUGCUCUGCGACAAGAGGGCCUUGUUAAAGGGAAGGAUGAUACCUGGAAGUGGGGAACCAGCUUCCAAGGGAGUAGCUCCACUGUUUGGGAGACCUCCCACCUGCACUUUAGACAGUUACGUUAUCAUGAGACAUCUGGACCCCAGGAGGCACUGAGCCGGCUCCGGGAGCUCUGUCGCCGGUGGCUGAGGCCGGAAGCACGCACCAAGGCCCAGAUCCUGGAGCUGCUGGUGCUGGAGCAAUUCCUGAGCAUCCUCCCUGGAGAGAUACGGACCUGGGUGCAGAUCCAUCGGCCUGGGAGUGGUGAGGAGGCUGUGGCCCUGGUAGAAGAGCUGCAGAAAGACCUUGAUGGACCAACAUUAAAAGUUCCAGCCUUUGUCCAGGACCAAGACACUUUCCAGGAGGGUCUGAGUACUCCAGGAAUAGAACUUCCUCAUGCACCCACUGGCAGCCACAUAUCAGCUGAAAUUCGCUCAAAUUCUCUUACUGACCCAGUGGUGUUUGGCUUGCUCCAGGAUCCUCAACAUGAUUCUCCUGCCCCUGAAGCUUCUGCCCUUUCCCAGGAAGAGAACCCCAGAAACCAAUUAAUGGCUCUCAUGCUCUUGACAGCCCAGCCCCAGGAAUUGGUGAUGUUUGAGGAGGUGUCAGUAUGCUUCACUUCAGAAGAAUGGGCAUGUUUGAGCCCAGUUCAGAGGGCCUUGUACUGGGAUGUGAUGCUGGAGAAUUACGGGAAUGUGACUUCCUUAGAAUGGGAGACCAUGACUGAGAAUGAGGAGGUGACAUCCAAGUUGAACAUAUCUCAAAGAGCAGAUUCUCAGAGAGGAGUAUCAAAAAGAUUUCAAGGAGGUGUUCCGCAGCUUCUUGACUUUGAGGAAGAGUGUGAAUGGCAAGUUUUUUCAAGUCAGUGGGGAAAUGAAGCAAAGGAAAGAGAUACACUGAAGAAAGGUUCCCUGUGUGAACGAGACAAGAAAAAAAGGACUCCACCAGAAAAACGAGGCCAAAAGUGGAAGGAAUUUGAAGAAAGCUUGGCUUCAGAUUCAGCUUUUUCUGAAAGUUUAAUAGGUGCUGAAGGAAAGAAGCUGUAUAAAUGUGAUAUAUGUUGUAAACAUUUCAAUAAAAUCUCCCAUCUUAUAAAUCAUAGGAGGAUCCACACUGGGGAGAAACCUCAUAAAUGUAAGGAGUGUGGAAAAGGCUUUAUUCAGCGCUCAAGCCUUCUAAUGCAUUUACGAAACCAUUCUGGCGAGAAACCUUAUAAAUGUAAUGAAUGUGGGAAAGCCUUCUCUCAGAGUGCUUAUCUUCUAAACCAUCAGAGAAUCCACACUGGGGAGAAACCUUAUAAAUGUAAGGAGUGUGGAAAGGGCUUCUAUAGGCACUCAGGCCUUAUUAUACAUCUAAGACGCCAUUCUGGGGAGAGACCUUAUAAAUGUAAUGAGUGUGGCAAAGUUUUUUCUCAGAAUGCUUACCUCAUUGACCACCAGAGGCUCCACAAAGGAGAAGAACCUUAUAAAUGUAACAAGUGUCAGAAAGCUUUCAUUCUGAAGAAGAGCCUCAUUCUGCACCAGAGAAUCCACUCUGGGGAAAAACCCUAUAAAUGUGAUGAAUGUGGAAAAACUUUUGCCCAGACCACUUACCUGGUUGACCAUCAGCGGCUCCACAGUACAGAGAACCCAUAUAAAUGUAAAGAAUGUGGAAAAGUUUUCAUUCGAAGCAAAAGCCUCCUCCUACACCAGAGAGUUCACACAGAAAAGAAGACUUUUGGUUGUAAAAAAUGUGGGAAGAUUUUCACUUCGAAGUCAAGUCUCAUUGACCAUAAGAGGAUGCAUAGCAGAGAGAAGCCUUAUAAAUGUACUGAAUGUGGGAAAGCCUUCACUCAGAGUGCUUACCUUUUUGACCAUCAGAGACUCCACAAUGGGGAGAAGCCCUAUGAAUGUAAUGAAUGUGGGAAAGUUUUCAUUUUGAAAAAGAGCCUCAUUUUACAUCAGAGGUUCCACACUGGAGAGAAUCUCUAUGAAUGUAAAGACUGUGGCAAAGUCUUUGGUUCUAACAGAAACCUCAUUGACCACGAGAGACUCCACAAUGGGGAGAAGCCCUAUGAAUGUCGAGAGUGUGGGAAAACCUUCAUUAUGAGCAAAAGUUUCAUGGUCCAUCAGAAGCUCCAUACACAAGAGAAGGCCUACAAAUGUGAGGAUUGUGGGAAGGCUUUCAGUUACAAUUCAAGCCUGCUCGUACAUCGGAGAAUCCACACCGGGGAAAAGCCCUUUGAAUGCAGUGAAUGUGGAAGAGCUUUCAGUUCUAACAGAAACCUCAUUGAACAUAAGAGAAUCCACAGUGGUGAGAAACCGUAUGAGUGUAAUGAGUGUGGCAAAUGCUUCAUUCUGAAGAAAAGCCUCAUUGGACAUCAGAGGAUUCACACAAGGGAAAAAUCUUACAAAUGUAAUGACUGUGGGAAAGUCUUCAGUUACCGCUCAAAUCUUAUAGCCCAUCAGAGAAUCCACACUGGUGAGAAGCCUUAUGCAUGUAAUGAGUGUGGGAAGGGCUUUACUUACAAUAGAAAUCUUAUUGAGCAUCAGAGAAUUCACAGUGGAGAAAAAACCUAUGAAUGUCAUAUAUGUAGAAAAGUGCUUACCUCUAGUAGAAAUCUUAUGGUACAUCAAAGAAUCCAUACUGGAGAAAAACCUUAUAAAUGUAGUGAGUGUGGAAAAGACUUUAGUCAGAACAAAAACCUUGUUGUACAUCAGAGAAUGCAUACUGGGGAAAAACCAUAUGAAUGUGAAAAGUGUAGAAAAUCUUUUACUUCUAAGAGGAAUUUAGUUGGCCACCAGAGAAUCCACACAGGAGAGAAACCAUAUGGGUGUAAUGACUGUAGUAAAGUUUUUAGGCAAAGAAAAAACCUAACUGUACAUCAGAAAAUUCAUACAGAUGAAAAAAACUGUGAAUGUGAUGAGUCUGAAAAAGAAUUCUCUCAGACUUCAAACCUUCAUCUUCAACAAAAAAUCCAUUCUUUGGAGGAUUUUGGGUCCUAUUCUCUUGGGUCCAAAUUCUCUUGGGUCCAAAAUGCCAGUGAGUCCAAGAUCAAGAUUCAGAAAAUCUAG